CUGGUUCCUUAAGGUGGUUGCGACCCGCUUCAUCCAGUUUUCCUCGAGACAUUUUUUUCCUGGAGUUUUUAACGUGAAAUUUCAAAAACAUUUUCUACUGGAAAAGCAAAAUUUUUCCGGCGUUCGAUCGGAUUAAUUACAAAACAUCUGAGCAAAAAUAUAAAAAUCAGUAACGAAAGACCUGACAUCACAGUUCUAAUAAAUUAUCGUGUUUGAAAAUUUUUGCGAAAGUACAAAUAAAUAAUUGGAGAUGUGGUCGUUUGUGAAUAGAAAUAAACCGGACAUAAAUCGGUUUCUGGUGCCGGUAGUGAGUGUCGUCCUGGUGUUACCACUCGUCAGUGCAUUAUCACAUCAAACAAGUAGAAUUUCCAAUACGACAGACAAUUUUAUUAUCACGAAGUCGAUGAAAGAUGGUGAAAUCAACAGAAUAUUUCAUUACCAAGGCAUCUGUGGGAGAGAAACUAUUCUCAAUUGGGGAGAGACGAGUGUCGCACUGAGAGAACUGGUCCUUGAGAAUGGGAAGAGACUGCAGCUGAUUUAUGAGGGUGAUAAUUUGACCGAAUGCGUGGACGUUAUAGACGUAAGAUCAAUAAACGAGGAUAUCUGUGGUGCUGACGACCAAGACCAGAGGUACAAGUGGAUUAUUCGAGGUAGUCGAGUACCUUCUGUGCUGGAUUGGCUUGGAAGUACUUCGGAUAUAGUGAGGAGGUGCCAUGGGGUCAGUAGCAGAGCUAGGAGCCAUUUGUUUAGGCAACAAUUUCAGAGGAGGAGGGUGGAAAGGAGCCUCCAGCAGAUGGUGAUAGCCCCAGGGACCAAAUGGUGUGGUCCACAUCAUAUAGCUGCCGCGUACAAAGAUCUCGGUGGACUUGACAGUUUGGACAGGUGCUGCAGACGUCACGAUCACUGCUGUCGCUCGAUACCGCCUUUUUCUGAGCGUUACAAUUUUUGGAAUUACAUGCCAUUCACACUGAGCCACUGCGGCUGUGACCAAAGAGAAUGCAAGGACCCGACAACCCCGAGGGAUGGGAUAACUCCUCAUGGAAGACGGAGAAAGCGAGACGUCUUCAUGAUACCCGGUACAAAGUGGUGUGGUAGGGGCAAUCACGCCACCAAGUACACCAAUCUGGGUGGGUUUGGUAAAGCUGACGCAUGCUGCAGGAAACACGAUACCGCUUGUCGAUUUUGGAUACCAGCGCUUGGAUCACGCUAUGGUCUGGCUAAUUGGCGUAUUUCCACUCUCAUGCAUUGCUCGUGCGAUGAGCGCUUCAGGACCUGUUUGAAAAUGGCAGGCACCUCGUCAGCUAAUUUUGUGGGGAAAAUAUUCUUCAACAUGGUACAGACCAAGUGCUUCGUAUUCAAACCGCAGAAGGUCUGCACCCGCCACUCCUGGUGGGGAAAGUGCGAAAAGUAUAAGUACAAGAAGCAAGCGUUCUUACGUAAUAAUGUUCCCUAUUAAUGAGCAUGACCAUUUGGAGAAAUAAUUUUUUCUCCCUCCAAAUGCUGGAAAGUCUACCAAAGAAAGAAUAGGACAUUGGAACUUCCCAGGGGGUCCGCAGCUGGAGUUGUUCCAAAAGUUCAGGUAUCAUUGGCAAGUUGUUGCUGUCAUCUUCUAGGGCUUAACGAGGACUAAGUCGACGAUUUCUUCAAGACACGGUCCACUCGCUAGACAAUACAGAGAUUUUCAUGGUUAUUAAUUACAAUGUCAUGGGAAUUGUCGGGAUAUCAGACAUAUCGUCUCGUUUGGGAGAAAAGGGGAGGGAAAAAAUUUUAUAGGGAGUCGUACUACUAGUUAUAAUGGUUGGUAAUGGUAAUGAAGGUUUGAGGAGAUGUCAAAAUUUUUUAUUGUACUUAAAAAUUGGAGAACUCGACAACAUGGGAUAUUGUCUUCUCAAAGAGAGUCUAGUGAUAUGUGAGUGUUAACGUUAAGAGUUAAUCCUAGAGAUGAAUAUUUUGUAGUGAAUUUAUUCGGUGGAGGCUCAAUUUUUUGUAUUCAGGGAAUCCAAGCAUCCCAUCACGAAAAUGUCUAGGAAUCGAAAAUGUGAAAAAAUAAACUUUUAAUAUAUUCUGUUUUUUUUUUACUUUUUAGGAUUUUAUUAAUUAUAUGUAGGAAGUUAUGCUCAUCAUUGAUAGGAGAUGCAUGCAGACGUGAGGAAUCAAGCAGUCAUUUAUUUAUUAUUGA